CAGAUGUUAAUUGGGACAUCACCUAUUUGUUGAACCGGCGGUACGAGAUAGCCAGGGCAGAUGAGGACUUUCCGAUUGUCAUCCAGCCACCCGCUGACGGUACGCUCUACCACGUCCCCGCAAUGCGACUGUUCCCCGAGGCUCAGCUGCCAAACGACACCUUCUUCAUUCAUAUGUUAUUCAAACCUCAAAAAGAGUCGCUGGAACAUGGCGUCUAUCUGUUUUCCAUCCGUGAUCCUGACAACACCUUGAGGUUCAGUUUGCAAGUGGUGCAUCGAUCUGCCUAUCAAGUUGUUCUAACAUACAAUCCGGUUGAAUCGGUUGAAGGCGAGAAGAGCGUGGAUUUCUCCGUCCCGUGGACAGAUGCCUACUGGCAUCUUGGAAUACAGUUUGAACAAAACCAAACCAAGUUCUACACAUCGUGUUCGGAUACUGAAACUGUACCCUAUCAUACCGUGCCCACCACCGGCAUACUGGGAACGCGAUUAUUCCGUGAUGGUGCGACGUUUUUCGCCCUCAACAGUGGACUACAAAGUGCUCCGGAAUACUAUGUCGGCAUGUUGAAGUCCUUCAAUUUCGCCUCAACCACCGAUGCAGUGAGACAAAUGUGCACAAAGUCCGAGAUUCCAGAAGGCAGCGGAGAAGGACCUCUCACUAUUGAUUUCGACCCGACAUUCGGCAAUAUCUUGGUGACCGAUCCAACUUCCGAGGGAACUGUGGUAAACGACACCAUGCUACCACAGGAAGGUAGGUCCAGUCCGAUCCUAAUCACCAGCACGGAAUCGCCAGCUCCGAUUAAACCAAAGAAGUACAAGUUUAGGUACCGGAUCAUUCAAGAUGAGGAAUCUUCUCAAACGGCUGUGUAUGACAACAGAGAAGAAAAGCUGUUGACCGAAGUAGAGCUGCAGGAGAACGGCUUGGUUCGUUUACCUGGUGGGAACCUGAUAGCACCUGGCGAGGACCAUGAGGAACGUUACCAUAUUGUGAGUGCCGUUGAGGAUGAGUACAACAUAAGCGUGUAUGACAGAGUAUCGGGAGAACAGGUAAUGAGUGUCGAGUCGGACAGUCAAGGAGUGAUCUACCUUCCAGAUGGAGACUUGAUAAUAAAACCAUCGGAAACUUUGGAUCGAUAUGUUCUAGUUACUGACCCUAGAACUGGACAGCCCACCGUGCUAGAUCGACGUACGGGAACCAAAAUAAUCAAUGCCACAGUGCGACCCGACGGACUAAUUUAUCUUCCAGAUGACCAAAUUGUUGCACCCGGGUCAACCACGGGCCAGCUCUAUGUCGUGGUGCCCGAUCCCGAAAAUGGGGGAAAUAUGGCGGUCUAUAGCACAUCAUCAGGACAGAAAAUUCCAGGUGCCAGGGUUGACGACGAUGGACUCAUCAGAUUCGACGACGGAAGCCUCGGUAUCCUACCCUCAUCAGAUGGGGCGCGAUACGAAACCGCUAGUGACCCACUGUCAGGAGAACUUGUGGUUUUGGACAGACGUACGGGAGACGCGAUCAUGGGUGCAGUCCUUGAGGAUAGUGGUCUUAUUCGGUUCGCAAACGGCACGGCAGCAGCACCGAGUAUUACACCUCCAAGACCAUAUCUCGUUGCCGUUGAUCCGACAACAUCGGAGCAUCAUGUCUACGAUCGUAUGACAGGGAGCCGAAUCGAAAACGUGAAGCUUGAGGAAAAUGGAAUUUUAAAACUUCCUAAUGGAAAUAUAAUCUCCCUACCAACGCAAGAUGGAUGGCGCUAUAUCAUUCACACUGAAACCGAUGGAAACACAACCUGGGUUCUGGACACCCGGACUGGCGAACCAAUAAACGGUGCGAUUAUCAUGGAAAACGGCCUCGUACAGCUUCCCGAUGGAAGACUCGUCGCUCCCGGGUCGGAUAGUGCUGGUCGAUAUCUAAUUGUGGAAUCAGACACACUCGGUCAACAACCACGAGUGUUCGAUCGCAUCACUGGUGACCAGAUCACAGAUAUCGUUGUCGAUGCGAAUGGCAUAAUCUUUCUUCCAGAUGGAGACAUGAUCACCAGCCCCUCAGAUACAGCUGAUCGUUACCUGGUCGUUACAGAUCCCAAAACCGGACAUCAAGCCAUAUUAGAUCGGCGAAUCGGGAGCAAGAUAGACGGCGCCAGAGUGGGCUCCGAUGGACUCAUCCUUCUCCCGUCUGGAGACCUUGUCGCAUCCAAGUCCGAGACCGGACAACUGUACCUUGUUGUACCCGAUGAUGAGCAUGACGGAGUCAUGGCGGUGUACAAUACUUCAUCGGGCGAGAAAAUUAUAGGCGCCAAUGUCAACAGCGUUGGAAUCAUCACCUUCGACGACGGGACAUUUGGAAUCCAACCAUCAAUGGAGGGAGAACGGUAUACUAUUGUGAAUGACCCAGGAACAGGAGACCUAAUAGUACUUGAUAGACGUACUGGGGGAGCAAUCCACGGUGCUGUGCUAGAGGAUAAUGGACUCAUUCGAUUCGAAAACGGUACCUUGGCGGCACCCCGUGCUUCACACCCGGCAUCACCCUAUAUGGUUGUGACGGAUCACACAACAUCUGAGCUUCACGUCUACGAUCGUUUAUCAGGCAGAAGAGUAGAAGAGGCCACAGUUGAUAGCCAGGGAGUCAUCACCUUAACCGACGGUCGAAUCCUCUUUGCUCCGAGAAAAGAAGGGUCGCGCUACGUCAUUCACACUGAAACCGAUGGAAACACAACCUGGGUUCUGGACACCCGGACUGGCGAACCAAUAAACGGUGCGAUUAUCGUGGAAAACGGCCUCGUACAGCUUCCCGAUGGAAGACUCGUCGCUCCCGGGUCGGAUAGUGCUGGUCGAUAUCUGAUUGUGGAAUCAGACACACUCGGUCAACAACCACGAGUGUUCGAUCGCAUCACUGGUGACCAGAUCACAGAUAUCGUUGUCGAUGCGAAUGGCAUAAUCUUUCUUCCAGAUGGAGACAUGAUCACCAGCCCCUCAGAUACAGCUGAUCGUUACCUGGUCGUUACAGAUCCCAAAACCGGACAUCAAGCCAUAUUAGAUCGGCGAACCGGGAGCAAGAUAGAAGGCGCCAGAAUGGGCUCCGAUGGACUCAUCCUUCUCCCGUCUGGAGACCUUGUCGCACCCAAGUCCGAGACCGGACAACUGUACCUUGUUGUACCCGAUGAUGAGCAUGACGGAGUCAUGGCGGUGUACAAUACUUCAUCGGGCGAGAAAAUUAUAGGCGCCAAUGUCAACAGCGUUGGAAUCAUCACCUUCGACGACGGGACAUUUGGAAUCCAACCAUCAAUGGAGGGAGAACGGUAUACUAUUGUGAAUGACCCAGGAACAGGAGACCUAAUAGUACUUGAUAGACGUACUGGGGGAGCAAUCCACGGUGCUGUGCUAGAGGAUAAUGGACUCAUUCGAUUCGAAAACGGUACCUUGGCGGCACCCCGUGCUUCACACCCGGCAUCACCCUAUAUGGUUGUGACGGAUCACACAACAUCUGAGCUUCACGUCUACGAUCGUUUAUCAGGCAGAAGAGUAGAAGAGGCCACAGUUGAUAGCCAGGGAGUCAUCACCUUAACCGACGGUCGAAUCCUCUUUGCUCCGAGACAAGAAGGGUCGCGCUACAUCAUUCACACUGAAACCGAUGGAAACACAACCUGGGUUCUGGACACCCGGACUGGCGAACCAAUAAACGGUGCGAUUAUCGUGGAAAACGGCCUCGUACAGCUUCCCGAUGGAAGACUCGUCGCUCCCGGGUCGGAUAGUGCUGGUCGAUAUCUGAUUGUGGAAUCAGACACACUCGGUCAACAACCACGAGUGUUCGAUCGCAUCACUGGUGACCAGCUCACUGAUAUUGAACCAAUUGCCGAAGGUGUGUAUCGUCUUUCAACCACAGAAUAUGCAGUCGAGUCCUCACGUAAAGUUGAUCGCUAUCAUCUGAUCUCCGAUCCACACACCGGGCGUAACUUCAUUGUUGACCGUCACCUGGGUUCAAUUAUCUCCGAAGGAACACAAUUACCAAGCGGGCUGGUCGUUCUUCAAUCCGGUGAGACCAUCGCCCCUUCUUCCCCUGACGGUUCAAAGCUUCUUGUCAUUCACGACAGCACGGGAGCUGUCAUAGACGUUUAUGAUCGAUUUACCGGCAGUCAGCUGCGUGACUUUGAAAUCCAUGCCAACGGCAUCAUUCAGCUGGAAAACGGGACUUUUGCAAUUUCUCCAACUGCGGUAGGUGAUCGGUUCGUCGUCAUCUCUCUCCCUGAUAGUGGUAAUCUUGGGGUGUUUGACAGGAGAUCCGGUUGCCAAGUGCCGGGUGAAAUUUUGGGGACGUCUGGAUUCUUCCGUCUACCAGACCGUGGCAUUAUAGCAUUAUCUAAUUCCUCCGCUGGACGUUUUCUUCUACUCAAUGUCAGUGACCUAGACACUGCCGUUGUGUUCGAUCGUACCACAGGAUUCCCCCUACCCGGAGUAGAAGUCCUAGACAAUGAAGUUAUCAAAAUGCCAAACGGAUCCCUUUUUAUCGUACAGUCUAGCAGUAAACCACGAUUCUUCGUGCUCCGGAAUGGGACUGGAUAUCAAGUGUUUGAUAGACGCACUGGAGAGUCACUACCUAAUGCUCGUGUUUUACCAUCCGGGCUUAUUCAACCUGUUUCGGGACAGUUGUAUGCAACCUCCCAUCCGGGAAAAUUCCGUUACCUCGUAGCCACCCUUCCGCACGGUUCACUGGCAUCUUUCGAUACACACACUGGUGAACAAAUGCAUGACGCAGUGGUUUUGGAGGAUGGAUUUAUUCUCAGAAAAGACGGACAGAUCGUUGCUCCUGGACGUGUUGAUGGCCCUCGGUUUGUGGUCAGAGCUGAUCCUGCUGGGGGACAUCUGGCCGUGUUUGACAGUGUUAGUGGUCUACAUGUCCCCGACGCGACAGUUCGUUCGGAUGGACUGAUCCAAUUCAGCAAUGGUGUCCUCUUUCCCACAAUACACAAUACAGUCGGUCAAGGCCGGUAUUUUGUUUUCGAAAAUUCGACCACUCAAACUGCAACUGUGUAUGAUUUAGUGACCGGUAGUCAAGUGCCCGGUGUGCGUGUCACAGAGGACGGUCAAUAUGAGCUUCCAGACGGGCCGAGAAUCAAACUGGUUAUAGAAGAAAGAAAGCCGGAACAAAUCAAACCCAAACCACUCGAACCUGAUCUUGUGAUCUCAGAUAGGGAGAAAAUCAAGGAGUACGAUGACGGAACAACUCACAGUGACCCUAUCAAGCCAGGUGAAACACACAUGACUGAAGAGAAAAAUGGUGAUGUAGCGAGUAAGUUAACUGUAAUGUUAUACGUGUCUUGGGUUCACUUUUAUGAUGAGUGUGCCAUUUGUUUGACAUCUUCCAGACAGACGGUGUUUUUGACCCAUUUACAGAGAAUGUAG